AUGGAAACCGAGUAUCGACGACUGGCGGAAAUUAUUCGCAGCCAAGCCAAUGUCCACCCGAAAACGCGCUUUUUAGUCUCCAUCGCAGGAAUCCCCGGUUCAGGGAAGACCACCAUCGCUGAGGCAGUAGUACGCCUUUUGAACGAAUCCACAACUUCUCGUACUUCUGUUCUAUCUAUGGACGGGUUUCACCUUUCCAGGGCAGCUCUCGAUGAACUGCCUGAUCCAAAAGCGGCACACGCGCGCCGUGGAGCUCCAUGGACUUUUGAUGUGAGCCGCUUUGUAUCCUUUGUUCGUCAACUCCGUAUUUGGGCCGAUGAGGUGCCCCUGGCUACCCCAUAUUCGGAUACUUGGUCAGCUACGGAUAUAAUUUGCGCGCCUUCAUUUGACCACCAGUCAAAAGAUCCCGUGGAGAACGGAAUUUCAAUCACACCGGAUGCCUCAAUUAUCAUCAUUGAGGGCAACUAUUUGCUGCUUAAUGAUCCCGGUUGGCGUGAGCUUGCUAAAAUGGUUGACUAUCGUGUCUUUGUUGACACUGACCCCCUCGAAGCAAGGGGCAGGUUGGCUGAGAGACACCUACGAGCUGGUAUCGAGAAGACAUUGGAGGAUGGAUACCGACGGGUAGAUAGUAAUGACUUCUUGAAUGCUAUUUCCAUUCGAGAGAAGCUGCUACCACCGGAUUUGGUUGUCAAAAGUGUGACGCUGGGUAGCGUUUGA